AUGCGUUUCGCUUUCCUCGCCUCUUUGGCUGGCCUCGCCACCGCCGCCCUCGCCCAGUCCACCGCCGCCGACGCCUACGUCGCGUCCGAGUCCCCCGCCGCCAAGGCCGGCCUGCUGGCCAACAUCGGCUCGUCCGGCUCCAAGGCCCAGGGCGCGAGGCCCGGUGUCGUCAUCGCGAGCCCGAGCACGUCAAACCCGAACUACCUCUACACCUGGGUCCGCGACUCGUCCCUCGUCUUCAAGGCGCUCAUCGACCAGUUCACCACUGGCGCCGACGACUCGCUCCGCACGCUCAUCGACCAGUUCAUCAGCGCGGAGGCGACGCUCCAGCAAGUCUCGAACCCGAGCGGGACCGUCUCGACCGGCGGGCUGGGUGAGCCCAAGUUUAACAUCAACGAGACCGCGUUCACGGACGCGUGGGGUCGUCCUCAGCGAGAUGGCCCGGCCCUUCGCUCGACGGCGAUCAUAACCUAUGCCAACUGGCUGCUCGCCAACGGCAACGGCACCUCGUUUGUAACAAACAACCUCUGGCCUAUCCUCAAGCUCGAUCUCGACUAUGUCAUGAACAGCUGGAACCUGUCUGGCUUCGACCUCUGGGAGGAGGUCAACUCCUCUUCCUUCUUCACCACCGCUGUCCAGCACCGCGCUCUUCGCGAAGGCAUUGCACUCGCGAACAAGAUCGGGCAAACGUCCGUCGUCAGCGACUACACCGCCCAGGCUAACAAUGCGCUCUGCUUCCUGCAAUCUUACUGGAACCCGAGCGCGGGCUACAUGACCGCCAACACCGGUGGCGGGCGGUCCGGCAAGGACGCCAACACCGUCCUCACCUCCAUUCACACCUUCGACCCAGAGGCGGGCUGCGACGCCACGACCUUCCAGCCGUGCUCGGACAAGGCGCUCUCGAACCUGAAGGUCUACGUCGACUCGUUCCGCUCCAUCUACACGGUCAACAGCGGGAUCGCCUCCAACGCCGCAGUCGCGACCGGCCGGUACCCCGAGGACAGCUACUACAACGGCAACCCGUGGUACCUCGCCGUGUCCGCCGUCGCCGAGCAGCUCUACGACGCGCUGAUCGUGUGGGAGCAGCAGGGCUCGCUCAACGUCACUGCGACGUCGCUCGCGUUCUUCAAGCAGUUCGACUCGUCCGUUGCCGCGGGCACCUACCCCUCGUCGUCGGCGACGUUCACCACGCUGACCAGCGCGAUCAAGACGUUCGCGGACGGCUUCCUCGUGGUGAACGCCAAGCACACGCCGUCGAACGGGGCGCUCUCAGAGCAGUUCGACCGCAGCUCAGGCUCGCCGCUGAGCGCCGCAGACCUCACGUGGAGCUACGCCGCGGCGCUCACGUCGUUCGCCGCGCGCGAGGGCAAGACGUUCGCGAGCUGGGGCGCCAAGGGGCUCACCCUCCCCUCGACGUGCGGCGGGAACGCGGGCCCGACCGUCCAGGUCACGUUCAACGUCGACGCGACGACCGUCUUCGGCGAGAACAUCUACAUCACCGGCAGCGUCGCGCAGCUCCAGAGCUGGUCGCCCGACAACGCGCUCCUCCUCUCGUCCGCGAACUACCCCACGUGGAGCAUCACCAUCACGCUCCCCGCGAGCACGGUGGUGGAGUACAAGUACAUCCGGAAGAACGGCGGCAGCGUGACGUGGGAGUCGGACCCGAACAACAGCAUCACCACGCCCGCGCAGGGCUCGGUGACGCGGAACGACUCGUGGCGGUGA